CGUCACCCGCCCGACGCCCGAUUGUGGUUGACGAACCAAAAACGUAAAAUAAGCGCUGUAAUUUGGCAUUUUUUUGUGAAAAAGACUUAUAUUUACUACGUAGUAUUCUUGCAAAAGUUUAACAAAACAAUUAUAAAUGAGCAUGAUGGAUGAUCCUGAGCACGUUUUGGAUUGCCAAUCGAACGACGACGAAAGUAUACUGGAAUCAAACGUAGAAACUCUAUUGGAUGAGUCAGUUAGUGACGAUAUGCCUAUAGAGCAGGACGUGGCUGCUGUUCCGCAUGAGGAUGUUGUAGUAGAUGAGACCAUAGGUCCAGAAGAGGCAACCAAAUCAAAUCGGUUUGCAGUACAUAAAUUGCUCUACCGUGGACAGACUCAUGGACCAGAAGUGUGUAGCUGGACUAUUCGUAGCGACACACCGGCUCAGUUUCUGCAAUAUCUAUUUGAGCUAAUACAACCUCAUAUCAGAAGGGCUAUUGAAUUUCAAUCACCAAAUGAGCCUGUGUGGUCGCAAAAGAUGACACCCACUAAAGAAGACCUGCCGAUAUACGUCGCAUUCAAGGAUCAUAUUUCGAAGAGGACGUAUCAGGUGAAGGAUGUCGAGGAAUUUCGAUUGCAGGGAUGGGCCCACAAAACCAUAACGCUCCAGCUUUACAUAUACUCCAACCACGUUAUUUCACGACCCGCAUACGAGAUAGCUAAGCAACAGCUACUUAUAAGUCCGUUAGAAGAAACUAUUCCUUCAAAAAAAGUCGUCAGAGAAAUAAGCACCGAACAGAAACUGCCAAGUCUGACGAAGCGGUUAGAAAAAAUACACCUCCACCGGUUGGUACCGAAUACAGUCGACGCAUUUGGAAAAUGGGCACGAUUUAUUCUACAGGCACCCAUCCGGCAGCAAAGUGAACUUUGCUACGCGCCACCGCCAGAUCAUUUGCUCCAAUACUUCGCCGAACGACAAAACCAGACCUAUCAAGCAUUAAAAGGGUCAACGCAACGGAAGCGCACUUCCGAUGGGCUUGGGUUUGAGGACGAAGUGUACGCUCUUAGGCAGACUGUGACUCAAAUCAAAGACUUGGUGGAAACGUUAGAUCGUCGGGUGGGGCUGCUCGAGAAAAGGUGUCACGAGUUUCGGAGAAUAAUGCAAGAAAAACCAUGUCCCUCGAAAAGGCCCAAAUGGCCUGACGGGAAUGAAGCGAACAGCAGUGACGACGAGCCUGUGAUUGAUGAAUCACUUGGUUCGUUUGAAGGACACAAUGUCAAAACUGAUCCGCUGUUAUCUAAUGGCAGGUAUAAAAUCAAGCAGGAGCGGUUUAAUCGUGACGCUUAGUCAACUAUGUUGUGAUAUUCGUAAUUAUUUAUUAAUAAAAAGGUAUAAGUGAGACAUUUUCUUGCUUCAAUUGACAUGUAUUCGUUGUGCAGCCGACUCAAAGAUAUUGACAACCACAGGCAAUAUUGUUACAAAACUACUGACAUGAGGAUGAAAUUUGAAACCACAUACAAACUUGAUUUAAGUUAACCUCUGAAUCCUACCAUAAAAACUAAAAAUUUCCCACAUUUGAAAACAGCUCCCAACCUCUUCGAAUUUGAUAUUGACUCUUAUGUUUUCCCCAUAAAUAUCAAACAAGUACACCACCGAAUGUUACUGGAUCAUUGAUGAUCAAUUUUUUUAACUAAAGG